GCAGUGCGGAGCAGUGGGAAGUCGGUCCACGGCGUUUUUCCUUCUCUACUUAUUUUCUGAUUGUUUUAUGACUUCUCCUUUUAUCCCUCCUGCGUUGAGGAUGUAUUUUGAAGCCGCGUGCAGCGUUGCUCGUUGUCUUAUCUGAGUGUCACAAUUCUUCCAGUUGCACAUCCAUCCUUUACCUUUUCACCUCCAGACGGUGUUUUGGUUUUGUUAGCUCACUUUUUUCCUUACAUUUUUCCAAGGACGAAACAUCUUCUGCAUUGGACCACCGAGGAAAUAUUUCUCACUUUUAUAAAAGCACUUUUCUUUUUUACUGGACCAUAUCCGUCGUCGGUUUGGUGUGUGUUGACUGAAAAACUAUAGUGAUGAGAUUUUAACUCGUGGUUUUGUCUUCCUUUUUUAUUUUUGCCUCAUGACAUUGAGGCGUGCACCGGACUCUCUUUCUGAGCCUUUAAAACUCAAGUGUUUAGGGUGUGAGUUUAUGUGUUUUUUAGUUUAAACACAACCACAAACUCCUCCUGUUGCUCCAGUGAAAACACACCAGCAGCGUGUCUGCACGCCGCUUCCUCUCCGACUGACUCACCGGUCUACGCUCCGGUUAAAGACGGGGACUCGGUUUCGGGGGAUUUUAGUGGGAGUUUUCUCCUCCGUAGUUUUGGACAGUGCUGUGCUUUCAGUUUUCUUGGUGAAACAGAGUUAAAAACAAAUACAAAAUGCCACAGUUAUCAGGCGGCAGCGGAGACCCGGAGCUGUGCGCCACGGACGAGAUGAUCGCGUUCAAAGACGAAGGAGACCCGCACAAGGAGCAGAUCUUCGCCGAGCUCAGCCACUCGGAGGAGGAGGGAGACCUGGCAGACAUCAAGUCAUCUCUGGUCAACGAGUCAGAGAGCAGCCCCAACAGCAACAGCCACGAUGGAAUGAGACAGUCUCAAAUGUCGCAAGAUUCAUAUCACGAAAAACACAGAGACCACAUGGAAGAAGCAAAACUCCAAGACCUGUACAGUAAGGGCCAUCAGUACCAGGGCUACCCGGGCUACAGUAUCAUGAUGAACAACAUGAACGACAACUACAUGAGCAAUGGCUCCAUCUCGCCGCCCAUGGCCAGAACGACAGACAUAAAAACGCAGGGCACACCAGCAGCUGUCCACUUUAAUCCUGUUUUGUCCGAGUCUCUGUAUCACACUCGGGAAAGACAACCAGCCACAGUCUAG